AUGGGGUGCAGUAUCAGUGUUGAAGUGAAAGAAUAAGAAAAUGCUCUUGAUACAUUAAGUCAUGAAAGAGCUUGUGAAUCCAUCUAAAUUCAAAAGUACAAGCUUAAAAAAAAAUAUGGGAGGACAAGAGAAGUUUCAAUCAUAUUACAAGAGGAGAAAUGCAAAAAUUUAUCUAAUGAAAUUACUCACCUUGUUCCGCAAUUGGAAAUCUAGGCCAAUUCUAUUCUAAGAUCUAGAAAAUAACCUCAUGAAAGGGAAAUCAAUUGAUUGUAUUAUCUAUUCUUUAAUAUUAUAUAAACAUUCAGUA